AACACAAGAAACUCAUACCUUUCCUUCUCCACUCCCUUGUACUUUUCUCUCUCUAUCAAAAUUUGAAAGCAACUACACCCUGUCGCUUUUUUUGCCACUCGUUUUUUAGCUCUUAUUAUUAUUAUUUUUUUGUUUCCCCCAUUUCUUUAACCAAUAACAUUAUUUUAUUUCUUUCUCUUCUCUUAGCACAGGGCCACAGGCCUAAAAAGGAAGGGGAAGAGAAUUGGAAAUAGCAACUCCUUACUCUUCAAAGUCUCCUCCUUUCUAUUUUCAAUCCCUCACUUUCCUUUUCCCUUACACACGGUUCCAAAGUUGAAUACAUUAUCCACUUUCCUUAUUUCUUCCAAUAAUUUUCACAAUAAAACCACUUUUUUUUUUAAAAAAAAAAAUUUAAAUCUCUUUCUUGCUUUCUGUCCUGCUUCAAGGUUUGGCAGACAAACUAUACAUCUAUCUUUCUCUUUCAAGGCUAUUCAUCAAACUGUUGUCAGAAAAUUAAUGUCUUCUUCUUCUCUUCUUCUUAUUGUCCUUCUCUAUCAUCUGUAAUUGGGGUUUAACUGCUUCCACACUAUUUUAGAUUUCCAAUUCUUGCUUGUUUAUAGUUCAACCUGCAGUUGUUUCCUUUCCCGCCUCUUUUUCAAGAUUCUUCUGCAAUUUGAAAGCCUGGAGACUACCAAAAGUCGGGAUUUUUGCCUCUUCUGUGCUUGGUUUCUUGGGUUCUCUCAGGUGGAUCACUUGGAUAAGUUUUUUUGUUCAAGGGAGGGAAAAAGAAACAACCUUUGCAAGAUAAGGAUGUUCUAUGGGCUAUAAUCUUAAGACACCUUGGAGAUUAGCUGAAUUGGAAAACCAAAACAUUGCUCACAUUGCUCAAACUACUGUGUCUAGUAGCUUAGGAGUGCAUCAGGCUAUCAAGCAUUGCUCUGUGGACCUGAAACUUGGGAAUUCAGGUCUUUUGCAGGAUAAGUUGGUGGAGAAAUUUGCAGGUCCAGGGGACUAUUUAAUGGAGUCAUCAUCAUCUGGAUCAUCAAAACGAGUUCGAACACCUAGCAAUGGAAAUCAAGUCCCUUCAUGCUUGGUGGAUGGGUGCAUUGCAGACCUUAGCAAAUGCAGGGAUUAUCAUCGAAGACAUAAAGUAUGCGAGCUCCACUCUAAAACCCCUAAGGUUUUUAUUAAAGGUCAGGAGCAACGGUUUUGCCAGCAGUGCAGCAGGUUUCAUUCCUUGGUGGAGUUUGAUGAAGGAAAACGAAGCUGCAGGAAACGUCUUGAUGGACAUAACCGGCGCCGAAGGAAGCCGCAGCCCGACUCAGUUUCUGUAAAUUCUGCAAGGUUAUUUUCCAAUCACGAAGGUACUAGAUAUUUGCAGUUUGGUGGCUCUCAAAUAUUUUCAACUAGUCCUCAGAGCUCUGCAUGGACUGGAGCUGUCAAACCUGAGAAUGAUCCGAUGCUUUACACUAGUCAAUCCUCGCUAAACUUCAACAGCGGAAAAAACCUUUUUCCUGGAUCCUUAUCUCAGGGCUAUAGAAGUGGAAAGCAGUUCCCAUUCUUACAAUGUACUAGCUCUUCUGCAGUUCCUCGAGAAUCUGUUUGUCAAACUAUUCUUGAUUCUGAUUCGACAUUAGGUAGUAGCUGCAGCAGCCAGAAAAUGUUCUCUGAUGGUGCAAACCGAGUUAUUGACUCGAACCGUGCUCUCUCUCUUCUGUCAUCUCCAUCAGCCCAGACUCGAGAGAUUGGCUUGAGCCACAUGGUGCAGCCUGACCUGAACCCCCCUGCUCGGUCCUUGAACCCAAGCCUGAACUUUAAUGCUCUUGGAAUGGGAAGUGGGCCAGUUGAAUCUGUUUUAGUCUCUGAUGGCAGUAGCAAUGCCAAUCUUCAUGGCCAGGAUAUGUUUCAGAUUGUACCUGACGGGUCUUCUGCAAAUGGAUCCCUCCAGACGCUGUCUUUCUCCUGGGAGUAGUAUGUUACUAUUUCUGAAUCCUCCAUGUGAUUCCAUGUUUAAAUGUGAAAAAUAAAAGGAUUUAUUAUCCUAAACUAUUUCAUUGUCAUGAUGCUACUGAAUUUUGUUGAUUCCUAAGUUAUGUAUGCUCAUAUUUUCUUGUUUUUCCUCCCCUUUUUUA